AUUAAAGCUGUUAUUAUAGUUAACUAAUAUAUUCAUAUUUCAUUUUCCUUAUUGUUUCCUAUUUCCAUUUCUUCUUCACCUUGUUGAUUCCAACCGCUGCAUAUCUUAAUCCCAAACUGGGAUUCAGUUAGCCAUUUGAGCUGCCAACAACCAUAAAAAAUGGAUGGGGGAUUGCAUCAAUGGGUGUUGGUUGUGGUUUCUUUGAUGAUUUUGAUGAGAACUGAAAGCUUCUUUGUGGAUAUUACUUAUGUUCAGAGUGCUGUGGCAAAAGGAGCUGUGUGUUUGGAUGGGAGUCCACCUGCUUACCAUUUUGAUAAGGGUUUUGGAGCAGGAAUCAACAACUGGCUUAUUCAUAUUGAGGGAGGAGGGUGGUGCAACAAUGCAACGACUUGCCUAGCCCGGAAAAGCACCCGGUUAGGUUCCUCCAAGCUGAUGGCCAAACAGGUUGCGUUUUCUGGGAUUUUCAGCAACAAGCCUAAGUUUAAUCCUGAUUUCUACAACUGGAACAGGAUCAAGGUUAGGUAUUGUGAUGGGGCAUCAUUCACUGGUGAUGUAGAAGCAGUUAAUCCAGCUACUGGUUUAUACUACAGAGGAGCAAGGGUCUUUGUUGCCAUUAUUGAGGACCUUUUAGCCAAAGGAAUGAGCCAUGCUCAAAAUGCUGUUUUAUCUGGAUGUUCAGCUGGUGGAUUAACCUCGAUUCUUCACUGCGAUAAGUUCAAAUCUCUUGUCCCCGCCAGCGCCAAGGUGAAAUGCUUUGCAGACGCAGGCUUCUUCAUCAACACGAAGGAUGUUUCCGGAGCUCAACACAUUGAGCAGUUCUACAACGAUGUUGUCACAACACAUGGAUCAGCGAAGAACCUGCCCCAGUCGUGCACUUCAAAGAUGAAGCCGGGUCUGUGUUUCUUCCCCCAAAACAUGGUUCAAGGAAUUCAGACACCUCUCUUCCUUGUGAAUGCUGCCUAUGAUUCAUGGCAGAUCAAGAACAUCUUGGCACCCGGUGUUGCUGACCCGCACGGCCUCUGGCACAACUGCAAGACCGAUAUAAACAAGUGCUCGACCAGCCAGCUGCAGGUCAUGCAAGAAUUCAGAACCGCGUUUCUUGGUGCAUUGAGCGGAGUGCAAAACUCUGCAACGAAAGGGUACUACAUCAACUCUUGCUAUGCCCAUUGCCAGACUGAAAUGCAGGAGACAUGGCUCAGAGACGACGCCCCUGUGUUGGAUGGCAAGAAUAUAGGGAAAGCUGUUGGUGAUUGGUACUACGACAGAAGCCCGUUUCAGAAGAUCGAUUGCCCUUACCCGUGCGACAAGACUUGCCAUAACCGGGUUUUCGAAUGAGACAGCUACUUAUAGACAUACAGCGUAAAUGAAGGGGUUCCUUAAGGAUAUAUUACUGAAGAUUAUUGAAGAUAUAUGAUUGAAGAUGUGCAGAAAUUGAAAGUUUCCUGUCAUUCAUCAAGAAUUUGACAAUAAUGAAAAAUUGUAAACAAAAGCAGAGAAACACUGUUUUUGGGAAUUAAAGCAGUAAAUGUAUUUCAUUGUCUGCUACAGAUUUGACCUCAUAAAUAUGAUACCAGAAUUUAUAUAUUUAUAUGACA